GGGGGGCGGGGCUCUCGCAGCCAAUCGGGGCGGAUGUCGCUUCAAACUCACCGUGCUCCCGGAAGCGGCUCUGCCGGGCUGCGCUGCUGUCCUCGGCGCGCUGGGCUGUUACAGAAUGACCUUGCGCUGAGCUUUUGUGGAAAAAACAAGACUUAAUCAUUCUUCAAUGUGCAUCAUUCUAUUCAAAUUCGAUCCUCGGCCCGUUUCAAAAAAUGCCUACAGACUUAUUCUAGCUGCUAAUAGAGAUGAAUUUUACAGCAGACCAUCCAAAUCAGCAGAUUUUUGGGACAGCAGCAAUGAAAUCCUGAGUGGUCUGGAUAUGGAGGAAGGAAAAGAAGGUGGGACGUGGCUGGGAAUCAGUAAAAAAGGCAGGAUGGCAGCCCUGACAAACUAUAUGCAGCCAACGACUGACAAAAAUGCAAAAGGAAGAGGUGCUCUUGUAACGAACUUCUUGACUUCAGACCUGGACUGUUACUCUUACUUGAAGAAAGUUUCAGUAGAAGGACAUCUUUAUAACGGAUUUAAUUUAAUAGCAGCUGACUUGAAUACCACCAAAGGAGAUGUAAUUUGCUACUAUGGAAACAAAGGAGAACCAGAACCUGUGUUCUUAAAUCCUGGAAUAUAUGGACUGAGUAAUUGUUUGUUGGAUACGCCAUGGAAGAAACUGCAGUAUGGGAAACAGCUUUUCACAGAAGUCAUCAACAGAAGUCAGGACCUUGCCAAGGAGGAUUUGGUGCAGGAGCUCCUUACAGUGAUGAAUAAUCAAGAGCCUCAAUUACCUGACCCUGCAAUUGAAGACCAAGGGAAGGAAUACAUACGUCCUAUACUGAACAAGUAUGCAGCUGUGUGUGUUCGUUGCCCAGGUUAUGGAACAAGGGCAAACACAGUCCUCCUCAUUGAUGCAGAAGGGAACGUUACUUUCACAGAGCGCACCAUGGUCAACGAGGAUGUCAGCCAGUGGAAAACAAGCACCUAUGAAUUCAAACUGCACAUGUAACAACUUUCCAUUUGAAUGCAUUGUAAUAAAAGCAAUGAAAGCAAGCUGUUAAGCUCCAGGAAAUGUUUUCUGCCAGCCUCUGGAAGCCAAAAAUAGCAAGAGAAGCAAAAGUUGUUUUAAAUAGAUCGUAUAAGCUAUCAAUCUCACAAAUCCUUUGCAUAAAACCAAGUUUCUUGCUGUUCUUACAUUAAGUUACAACUUUAAAACAAAUUUCUGGCCCCAUGGCUUUGUUUUAUCAUCUAAGCUUAAAAAACUAAAAUCCAAUGGAAAGUACCAACAGGAUACUGUGACUUGCAUAUCACUUAUUUAUUUUUAUUUCAACCAAAGCUGAGAAUAUAUGCAGCUUCUUGGAGAAUCAAUCUUCAGCUAACCUUCAAAUCUAAAUUUUGUCUAAAAGUUAGAUUUUUAUCAUUUGCACUUGGAAUUGAAAGGAAAUCAGCUGCAGUUCCAUUUCUCACAGGUUCCUCUAAUUUCUUUUCGCUCGGAUACAACCACACUGCAUGAUGCCUGAAACCAAUGUCUAGCAGCCACAGAACAAAAGAUCAGAGGCAUCGUGAGGCCACCUGGUCUAACACCUGUUUCCAGGGCAAGGCUGUCUUUGCCCAACAUGCAAGUUGUUCUUUGUUUUUUUGAAGUAUGUUUUAAAGAACUACUAACCUUGCAUUCAGUUCACAGGAGGAGAAACACUUGCCUUUGUUUUUCACAAAACUCCUCUCCUUUCAAUAUAUAAUUUUAAGAUUGUAAGCUGAUGCCAGUGUGUAUUGAAUGAAUGUAUGUUUUCUUUGUAGCAUUAAGUGCUUUAGUAAUAUUUAAACUUGUCACUGUGCCACGGUGCAUUGUUCUGGAGAGGGUGGGAAGGGAAGAAUUCUUUGUUUUGUUUACCUGUAAAUAGUACAGCAAUAGAUCUUAAGUACUCUCAAAGCUAGUUUUAGAACUAAGAAAUUAAGUUGUCACUGCUCAGUUUUAUUCAGUAAGGUUUAGAGUUGUUUAUCUUUGAAAAUAAUAAAAUUGUGUACUGUGACAUCUUGUUUGCUGGUAAUCUCAUUAGCAAUAUUAGUUUUUUUUUUUCCUUCCCAACCAGAGGGAUAAGGAAUAAUUAUGCUUGCAAAUGGAAACUGAAUAUGAAGUGACACUAACUUGAGACAACCUUAGUGAUCUGCAUACCUGGAUGUUGCAGUGGAGGUGAAAUUUGUAAUUAUCUAUCUAUAAUUACAAAUAAAUUGAUGGAGAAUUCAGAAUCA